AAAAUCUGCUUUCCUUUGUUGCACUCAUGCAAAGCCAGGGUGUUCUUGCCUGGAAGGCCCCUUCCCCUUUCGGCUUUGCCAGAAACAUCCUGAUUCAUGCUGAUAAACUAGGGUUUGUAGCUGGAUCAAUCUUGCCCACCUUUAGAUCUUGUCAUAUGAAGGCAGGAGGUGUGUUUGGUAGACUUCCAAAUGCUGAGAUAAGAUGCUAUGAUGGAGUUAGGUCGAUGCAGACUGUAAUAAACGGAAGUGUUGAUGGAUUGUUUGAGGAUGAAGACCACGAAGACUGUUGUCCGGUCGAUUGCGUGAGAGAAUUUAAGAGGGAAGAGGAGUUCGCGAGGAUAAUGGACAAGGCAAAGAAAACUGGCUCUCUGGUUGUGGUAGACUUCUACCGCUCCUCUUGUGGCAGCUGCAAGUACAUAGAAAAGGGUUUCUCAAAGCUAUGCAAAGGAUCUGCAGAUCAACAAUCACCUGUUGUUUUCUUGAAACACAAUGUGCUUGAUGAGUAUGAUGAACAAUCUGAGGUUGCUGAACGGCUGCGUAUACGGACGGUGCCCCUUUUUCACUUGUAUAAAAAUGGAGUCCUACUCGAAGCUUUUCCGACACGAGAUAAAGAGAGGAUACUUUCCGCCAUUCUUAAAUACUCAUCUGCUCCUCAAAAAGCUUGACCUGAUCUAGUUUGCACUUACACUGCUAGAUAUACGAUGUAGAGUUUAUGUCUUAGAUUUACCUUUGCAAUGUGUCAUUCUUGGUGACAAGCACUUGUGUUGAACCAUGUUUGGUGCUUAGCACUCAUAUUGAACGAUAUUCCCUUGGUCGGCCCUGAUAAGAGAAACAUUGUAAAAGACCUUGUGUGAAAAUAUGUUUUAGGGCCUCUAUAAUUUUCAACUUAAAUACUAUGUCUUCCGCCUCAAAUUUAGUGUCAAAAAUAUAUUUUAUAAUGUAAU